CUCCAAAUAAACCACCGACCAACCCACCCACUUGGACCUUGCAUUGACUUCCUGAUGACUGUCAUGGCUAACUCUCAGUACACUCACGUCGAGCUGUUGACGUUACACGGCCCCGAAUACCGCCGGGUUUCGACCGCCCCACCACGGCCCCCCCGCGACGACGAAAUCCCCGUCCUCGAUCUCGCCGGCAUCGACGGCGAUGCAGACGCCCGCGCCGCACUCGCAGCCAGCAUUCGAGCAGCUGCCCAGAACACAGGCUUCUUCUACAUCAAGGAUCACGGCAUUUCACAAGAUCUGAUCGAAAAUGCCCUCACCCAAGCCAAAGCCUUCUUUCACCAGCCCGAGGAGGAGAAGCAAAAGGUGUCCAACUUCAAGCUGCAGCACAUGGAUGGCUACCACGCGGUGGGAACCACCCAGGUCAACAAAACCGAAACCAAAGAUCGCAAAGAAACCUUCUCGCUCCGCUACAACGCCCGAAACGAUCCAACCGUGGAUUCGUCCAAGUCCUCCGCUCGUGCCUGGGACGACUCGCAGCUGUGGGCCGGCACCGCUCACCUCCCCAACUUUCGUGAAACCACCAUCGCCUUCUGGCAAGCCCGGUUAGCGUUGGCCAGGAAGAUGGUCCGCAUCUUCGCCCUGGCCCUCGACCUUCCCGAGACUUACUUCGACGACGUCGUCACUCACCCCGGGUCCGAUGGCCUUUACGUUCACUAUCCCGCAACACCGGAUGCAGAUCGAGAAAAGACAGAUGUUGACGUUGGAAUCGGCUCACAUACGGAUAUCCAGUGCUUCACGCUGCUCUGGCAAGAUAUGUCAGGAGGUCUUCAGGUCUUGUCAUCGUCAGAUGAGUGGCUGGAUGCGCGUCCCAUCCCGGGCACCCUGGUCGUCAACAUCGGCGAUUUCCUACAGCGGCUGUCAAACAACCGGUUCAGAUCGACGGUGCACAGGGUAUAUAAUCGGCAGGGUACGUCACGAUACUCCAUGCCGUUCUUCUUGGGGUUCAACCCGGAAUCGGUCUGCAAGGUCGUGCCGUCGUGUGUGGAUGAAGAGCACCCGGCUCUGUAUGAGCCCAUCUCCUGUGGACAAUGGCAUCGCGAUCGACUCGCUCUUGCGCAGGGGAAGAAGGCUGCAGCAGCGUGACCAGCCAUAUUUGUCGCAACGGGGUAAAAAGAAGCAGAACUAUCGACAUUUGUAUUUGGGGACAGCUUACGGAAACAAAAGUAAUAUGUACUUUGAGUUAACCUGGGCAUAGUAUGGCUAUAGCUAGUCACUCAUGAGAGGAAUGUGUACAAGCAGCGCUUCACCUUAAAACAAAC